GAACUCUGAAUUCCUUCUACCACCUGCUCCCUUCUUCAUCAAUCCGCCCACACGACGCAUGCUUCCGUCUACACUCGACUCAUUUGCCGGUUUCGCCAUCGGCUCCAUCAAGUCAACGGCCCAGAGAGGUCAAAUUAGCCACGCUUGAUCACUUGCUUUGACGUUCUGCGUGUAUGCGCCAUUGGGCUUGCCCAUUACUACGUUGAUAUCCGCAUUUGACGGGCUUUUACUCAACCACCACCCUGGCGACAGCCCGUGCCUGCCCUCUAGGGGUUCUUCGCCGUCCUUUGGCCCGUCUUCUGAGGUGAUACUGUUUUCCACGGCAGUAUUUUGCCAUGACGGACGCGAAGAACGGCGGAGGCGAGACUUUAUUGUCCAAACUCGCAGAUCGGCCUGUUGCAGAUGGCACGCGCAACGAAGACGAUGCAGAAAUGGGUCAAGUCCAUCACAGCAGCCCUGCAGCGGGCGUUGCGCAUUCAAAAGCAGCCAGCAGGGCUCCUUCGACCAGAAACGUAACUCCCACAGCUGCAUCCUUGCAGGAGGGCCGCCAGGCCGCGCUGCAAAACUCCAACGACGCGUCUUCGGCCAUGGAAGAUGUCCAGCCGUCGCAGGAAGGGGCCAUGACUUUUUCCAAAUCUGCGACGCAGCCUUCAGCAAACGACUCUGAGGAAAACGACGCGGCGCCAUCCUCAUAUGGCACGCGGUCGCGCAACCGACCCGGCAGAUCGCGGCCAAAUUAUGCAGAGGACACUGAAAUGGACUUUGAAAUGCCGGCUGCACCUGCGAAUGGCAGCAUGUCUGAUCCGCCGUCGCGAAAUUCUGUGGCUCCGGACAGCGGGCAUUCUUCAAGUGUGGGUGGAAAGAAAGGUUCCGCUGCUGCAGCACAAGCCAAUGCGUCGUGGGGUAGUGCCGGAGGAGCCAACAACAACAAUCUCAAGGACCAGCCAGCAAAUCAUGCCAGUCUAGCCGGCGCAACAGCAGCAGCAUCAGCAUUAGCAUCGGCAUCCACCUCAGCAGCAGGAACUCAGUCCGGAACACCCCAGCCGACGACGACGACGACUACCACCACCACCACCACCAAACGACGGAAAAAUGCUGCUUCUGCUGCUGCUACGAAUGGGACCCACGCCAGUGUAGCUGCGCCAAGCCAAGCUGGGGCGAAGCGCGGAACCCUCGUCGCCAGCAGCAGCAGCAGCGCACGCGAGUCCAACAUGUUGACGUUUGAGAAGACGGGCGCAUUUCUUAAAAAUGGCCACCUGGAAGCCGACGAUGGCCAGACUGUGUCGAUUAAUGAUCAAGUGUACCUCGUCUGCGAGCCGCCCGGCGAGCCCUACUACCUGUGCCGGGUCAUGGAGUUUAUCCACGUCGACAACAACCCGGCGAAGCGCAUCGAGUCGAUGCGGGUCAACUGGUUCUACCGUCCCAGAGACGUGCAGCGCUACAACAAUGACACUCGUCUGGUCUACGCGACCAUGCACUCGGAUCUCUGCCCCAUUGCGUCACUGCGAGGAAAAUGCCAGAUCCUGCACAGAAGCGAAAUCAGGGAUCUCGACGACUACCGCAAGACCAAGGACAAUUUCUGGUUUAAUCAGGUCUUCGAUCGCUUCAUUCACCGCUGGUACGAUGUUAUCCCCACAUCACAGGUCAUCAAUGUACCCGACAAGGUCAAAAAGGCCCUGGAUGAACGAUGGAAAUACAUCUGUCUCGAGACGAGCCGCGUCAAGGAACUCACCAGCGCAGUCAAGAGCUGCAAGCGCUGCGUUGGCUACUGUGCAGCUAAUGACUCGGUUGAGUGCGCCGUCUGCCACAACACAUAUCACAUGAACUGUGUGCGUCCACCGCUACUGAAGAAGCCGUCGCGCGGUUUCGCCUGGGCUUGCGGGCCAUGCAGCAGAGCACAAGAGAAGAAGCUCGAGGCUCGACGGACCCCCCUUGUCGGUGCCUCAAAUGAGGAAGGUGAGGAGGAAGAAAUGGUCGAUGAGGAAGAGGAGGAAGGAAGCGGUGACACCAACGCAACCACGCCCGAUCCCGAGUCUCAAAUUGACCUCCACCCUGCAACACAAGCUGAAAUCGCCCUGGCAAAGAUGUGGCCCAUGCGAUACCUCGGCAUACAUUGUCGAGUAGAGGACGCGUUACAGUACGAUGACAGGGCCAUAUACCCACGCGCAAGUUCACGACUUGGACCACGACAUCAAGCAAACGUCAAUGUCUGGCACGGGCACGCGGUCGAGUUCGUGAAACCCGCCGAGAUCAAGAAGCGCUAUGUCAAGGCAGCGGGCAACAAGAAAGAGAGCAAGCUAUCCAAGGAGACGGUUGCUGCAAUUGAAGCAGACAAGGCCGAAAAGGCCAAACGCCCCAAGUGGGUCAUGGACGAGCCACCGGGCUACGUUCGCCGUGGCGGGGAUCUGCCCAACAAGGACUCAAAGUGCACAGCGGAGCUCAUGUUCAAGAUGCCCCCUCUAGGCGUACACUCAACACGUGGUGAAGAUAAUUCCCCAACUGUCACCGAAGAACAGGUAAAAGCCUACAUGGUUCGAGCCAAGGCUUUGGCGAAACAGCACGUUGGAGUGGAGCCUUACAACACCAACUUUUUGGACAAAUGCUUGACCCUGUUUACAAAGCAUCAGUACGACGCCGACGUUGCACUCAAGCAUGUCAAGAAACUCGACAAGCGGAAGGAUCUCAAGGAGCCGGAGUUGACAAAAGAAGAGGAGAAGAAGUGGAACGAAGGUGUCGCGAAAUAUGGCUCCGAGAUUAGAAGCGUUCGCCUGCAUACCAGCAAAACAAUGUCCUAUGGAGAUGCCGUUCGCUACUACUACAUGUGGAAGAAGACGUCCAAGGGGAGGGAGAUAUGGGGCGCUUACAGCAACCGGAAAGGGCGGAGCAAGAAAGUGGAGCCGGAUGCGCAGAGUCGACUUGUGGAUGAUAUCGCGGACAAUCAGGACGACUCGGCAUUUGACAACGACAAGGCCAUACAACGGAAGCGCAACUUCCAGUGCAAGUUUUGUACCAUUCGACACUCGCGGCAAUGGAGACGCGCUCCUGGUGUUACCCCUGGUCAGAUGAUACCGCCCGAUGGUCGAUCCAAGGACAAGACGGGUUUCGUUGUCGCACUUUGCCUGCGUUGCGCAAACUUGUGGCGUAAAUACGCAGUCAAGUGGGAGAACGUAGAUGAGAUUGCAAAGAAGGUUGCUCAGGGUGGAGGCAAAGCUUGGAAGAGGAGGAUAGACGAAGAGCUCCUGCGCGAAGUCUAUGCUGCGCAAACUGAACCUAGUUCGAUGAACGGUACUCCAGAGUACGCUGAUCUGCCAACCGCGACCGCUCAACCUGUUGUGGAGCCUCCGAAGAAAAAGCAGAAGACUACUGCCACUAUGAAUGGAGACAGUGGGACAUCAACGCCCGCCAACGAACCUGUCUCGAAAAAGAAAGAGAAGGAGAAGCCUGCUCCAGUACCCAAAGCCCCUACACCUCCGCCAGUCCCCGCCCCUCCGCGGCUCAGAGCCUUGCCUUGCGCUGUAUGCCAGUCAGCGGAAGGUUCACGCCUGGAGUGUUCGGCUUGUCGAUUGAACGUUCACAAGUCAUGCUACGGUAUUGAGGAAGUCAGACAAGCUAACAAGUGGUAUUGCGACACGUGCAAAAAUGACAAGAAAGAGAGCGCCUCCUAUACUUAUGAGUGUGUCCUUUGCCCGCAGCGGGAUACAGAACUGGAAUUCUAUGAGCAGCCCAAGGUGUCGCACAAGAAGAAAACCGACCGGGACAGGGAGAAGGAGCGAAUGGAGAAAGAGCUCGUUGAUCAAGCCAAGGAUGAAUACCGCCUCAGGCAGCUAGAAAAAGGCCGACCACUCGUGCCCCGAGAGCCGCUCAAACGUACAGCCGACAAUAACUGGGUGCACGCGUAUUGCGCACUUUGGCACCCGGAAAUCAAGUUUAGCAACGCCGCUCGCCUCGACGUGGUAGAGGGAAUUGGAGCACCGUCACUUCGAUACGACGCGACAUGCAAGCUGUGCAAAACAACCAACGGCGCUUGCACGGCCUGUCUGCACUGUCAUGCGACCUUUCAUGUUGGCUGUGCGCAUAGCGGGGGCUAUAUCUUUGGUUUCGACAUGACCCCAGUCAAGGCUUCGCGAAGGGACGCAGUGCCCACGGUCACUAUAAAUGGAGAGACCGGCACCUUGGUCGCGGCGAUAUGGUGCAAAGACCAUGCGCCAAAGACUGUUGUUCAUCCGAUGAACGAGGAAGUGGAGGGAACGGACAUGAUCGCCCUGCAACUCUUUGCGCGAGAGUUCAAACAGGCAGAUCUGACACUUACGGGCACUGCACGCAAGGCAAACUUGGUGGAUCAAUCCACGCGGAUCGUACCCCAGCCACUCCCAACACAGAUCAACCGUCGAGCGUCUGCCGUCACUGCCCCAACACCUACCUCUGCACGAGGACGACAGUCGAAUGUCGGCUUGCCCUCUAAAGAAGAAUCUAGCGAGCCUACAAUGCCCAAGUCCGAACGUAAAUGCGUGCGGUGUACGAUCGACGCCAGCCCUCGUUGGUGGAGGGAUGACGAAACACUACCCGCACAAAACGCGUCUCGUGGUGUGGAUGGUCCAUUGGGCGUGAAUGGUUCCGAGCCGAACGGGCAUGUCGAGAAGAAGCCAGCCGUCGAGAACGGAGUAAUUGCCAAUGGGUCUACUGAUCACCGGAUGACCGACGCGCCACCUAUUACUUCAGCCACGCCACAAAGCCAGCUACGGUUGGAUACCGACAUGGCUGUUGUUCAGAGUACGGCCUACUUAUGCCAGAAGUGCCACUGGAAGAAGCAGAAUGGCGCGGUCGACGAAGAGGAGCGGCCAAGGUCCGUUUCGGUCCUUCCCGAACCACAGCACCUAGUCCUGCGAUCACCUCCGGUACAGCCGUAUGCACCUCCCCCGCCACCGCCUGCAAUGGCUGGCUCGUGGGGUGUCCCGAGCGGCCCUCCGUCUCUUCCGCCAAACCAACCUCCCCCGCUGCCGACCUGGCAUAGUUCUGCACCGCCUUCCGGACCUCCUCAGCAUCCUCAGCAUCCUCAGCAUCACCUACUUAACGGGAAUGGAUAUCCGCCGCCUCCGCCGCUACAGGCUCCUCCUGUCGGCCACCCGGUGCAAUACCAUGCGCCAUACCCUCAGCCGAACGGGUACCCGCCAUAUUCGGGCCCACCGAUGCAUCCGCAGAUGCCUCCAGCGGUCCUUCGCGCAUCUUAUCCUCCGCCCCCCGUAAGCGGGCCUCCUCAGCCACUGCAUCUCAGUAAUGGUGGCCUGCUAGUUAAUGGCAUGCAGUCGCCACGUAGUAUGCCCUACUCUCCUACCCACCCACACAUGCAUCAUUCUUCGCGCUCUACCGAGAGCCCGUACACUGCUCCUCCACCAGUAGGGUCACAGUAUCCUCCUCUCCACCAUGGUAGCCCCGCGCCUGGUCGACCCACAACUCCCAGGGACGUAGUGAUGCGAGACGUUCCCUCUGUGACGUCGGCACCGACUGAGCGAGCCAACACGGGCGCCAGCGCCAGUCCUUCGCUUCGUAACUUGUUGCAUUAGAUUCCCCUUUUUAUUUCCUACUUGUAAAACUUUCCAUUGAGCCUUAUACUUGGGGCAUAUUGAAUCGGAGUUGGCUAAGCCUUUGGGCACAUUCAGCAUGGGGUGGAGGUGCGCGGAUCCACUGUGGCGCAUCGGGCGAAACAAGACGGAUGGUUCUGUAUGAUGGCAUAUCGGGGGCCUGGGGUACCGUAUGUCAUUUCGUUAUUGGGUAUGGAAAGGGGGAGUUCCGUGGCAUUAUACCACAACGUUUACCUGUGUGUUUCUAAUUUUACUCUCGUUGCAGUGUACGGUUAGAAGGAGGAGCGGUCGGAAGGGCAUCAUCGUGUACGAUGGAUGUAGACAGCUGGGAUAUAGCCAUUACCUGAGCCGCGAAUACUGAAGUAUGCUUCAGCGUCGUCGACAAUAAACUAUACGUCAGUCUUGAUACAAGUCGUC